GUUAGAGACUAGUGUCUAAAUAGAUUCGUGCAUGUUGCCAAAUAUUUAGUUCGGGGUAAACGGGUGGGAAAUAUUUUAUACUAAAAUUUUAGGUUAUUCGGUAAAUUGUAGUAAAAUUAAAUUUUAAUGUCUUUUGUAAGGCAAUUCGUGAUGACGAUCGAUAAAUCGAUUAUGAAAAGCAAAUUCAGGGGAGCCAUGCUCGGUUCCCUCAUGGGAGAUUGCCUUGGUGCACCAUUUGAGUUCGAUAAUGUUACUUUGGGAGAUAGACUUGUUAUACAAAAGUACUUUGACAAGCUUGAAGAUCCCACUUUGAAAGUUCCAUACAAAAAGUACACAGAUGAUACUGCAAUGUUGAAAUCAGUAGCACAAUUUUUAACUGACAAACCUGAACCAGACUACAAAUUCCUUGCUAAAUUAUUUGUGAGAGAGUUCUUCAAGGAGCCCAACCGGGGGUAUGGUCAAGGUGUUGUAGAAGUAUUUUCAAAAUUAAAAGAUACUAAAUGUGAAGAUCCAUUUAAACCAGCCAAAGAACAAUUUGAUGGUAGUGGUUCUUAUGGUAAUGGGGGUGCUAUGAGAAUUGCACCUAUUCCACUUUUUUUUUAUGAUGACUAUGAUGCCAUGUUGGAUGUUGCAACUAAAGCUACACAAAUUACACACACAAAUCCACUUGGUGUUAAUGGUGCUUUACUUCAAAGCAUUGCCAUUCAUAAAGCUUUAAUGUGUGAUCCUAAAAAGCCCAUAAAUUCUAAAGAUUUUUGUAAUGACCUGUUUCAUAAAAUUAAACAAAUUGAAUCUGAUCAAGCUGAUGAGUUAGAUAUAGAAUAUGGAAGCACAUAUCAAUUAAAAAUGAAGAUUGUUGAAAAUUUUUUAAAUAAAAAGUAUGAUGAAGAAUUAGAUGAUGAGGUUUUAAUGUGUUUGGGGAAUUCUGUCACAGCACAUGAAUCAGUUCCAACAGCAAUAUAUUGUUUUUUAAGAGCUCUAGAGGAUAUACCACCGAUAAAGACUGAUAACAUAUUUAGAAGGACAAUACAAUAUGCAAUUACAUUAGGUGGAGAUACUGACACAAUAGCCUGCAUGGCUGGAUCUAUUGCAGGAGCAUAUUUAGGUGAAGAAACAAUAAAUAAAACGCUAUUAAAACACUGUGAAGGGUAUGAAGUUAUUCUCGAGAUGGCGGAUAAUCUGUUUGAAUGUAGACAAGCUGUUGAAAGCACCAGUAGUGAGAGCAGUUGACUUCAUCAAAUACUUUAGAAAUUAACGAUUUUUUGUUGUUUUAAAAUUAUUUUUGUAUGCGUACAUUUUAGUGAAGUUAAAAUAAUACACUAAAUUAAAGAACAUUUGUAUUUUGAUUAAUCCACUUUUUUCUUGAAAAAUAAAACACUUGUUUGAUU